GCAGAAACGGAUUGAGCCGUCGUUCGCCCGCACUCGACUCGUAUUAUGAUCAUACACAGACACGCACAACUUAAGUAUUAAUAUCGUUUAGAAGAGUAGUUUUUUUCUGGUUGAAACCAUUCACAACCGCGUAUACAAUAGAUAACUAUAUUAUAUUAUAUUACGUAAUAUUAUAAUAUUGUUCUAACCGUACAGCCACACGUAUACCGUUUUGAUGUAGACGACUCCUGCAGGCUGCAAGACCAAAGUACCUCUGCAAGUCUCUGCUCUCUUUCACCGCCAUAAUAUUGUAUUAUAAUACACAAUAUCGUUCACAUACAAUAAUAAUUAUAAUAAGAGAUUACCACCACCGCGAUGGCAGAAACACCGUGUUUCUUCGGACUGACGACCGUCCGCGUGGGCACACGCGUCGUGGCUUAUUUACAAUUCUGGUCACAAUUGUUCAUUGUCAUGCUAUUGAUGUUUAAAUAUUUCAAUCAUUGGUUGGACACGGAUGCGAGUCCGACUACCGCGAACACAAAUGCGACCGCCGCGAACGAGACUGCAGCGACGUCCACAGCGAUGAAAUAUUACAGCGAACUGGAUUUCGACAUCUCGAUCUUUUCACAACUGUCGGGUUCGCUACUGGUUAUAUACACUAGUUACUAUUUGAGAAUAGCAACGUACACUCACAACUUAAUGUACAUCAAUUUUUGGAUGAUAGUCAACAGUCUUAAUUUUGUCACAUCAGUAGCGUUUAUCAUUUUCGCUGCAUGGAGAAUUGGAAAAUGUGCAAUAUUUUUAACAGGGUUGAUUGGAUGCUUUGCAAAAGCAUAUAAAUUAUACGUUGUCUAUCAAUUUUACACCGACGAAACAUUACCAGUCGCAGUCAACGAUAGCCAAAACCCGGCGAGCAAUGGAGUUCAGUCGUUACCUCGAAAUCACGCAGCUGUGGAAAUUAGAACAGAAACAAUCAGUGCAAACGAUCACCGCCGGUCCACUUUGGACAUAAAAAAUAUUACACAGACCGCUUGAACAGAUACGACGAUAAGUCAUUUUAGACCUUAAGAUUUUAAAACUCCUUGUGAUAUUAUACCUAAUAUAUGGCCAAAGAUACAGUGGUUGGAAUCAUUAUGUUACAAUACUAUAUAAUAUUAUAUUAUACAUUUAUUAAUGAUAUGCUUCGUUGUAUAGGUAUUAGGUACCUAUACUUGUGCUUGAUUAUUAUAUUAUGUAAAUUUCAAAACAAUUAUAAGCAACCAUAUCUCCAGUAUUAUAAAUUAUCAUAAACUACAUUUAAAUAUCAUGAUAUAGAUAAAAACAAUUCGUGAUUGUUAGAUAU